GUGGCGUUUGCGUCUUUUUUCUUUCAAGAGCAAGCCAUCCUCUAUUAUUAUUAUACACAUAGAAUUCAUCAUCAGCAACAGCACAAUGUUCGAAACACCUACUGAUAUAACUUUAACAAAGCUGGUGGAAGUUCUUUAAAUACUUUUGGAAUUAGAUAUUGAUCAAACCACCAUAGACAACUUAGGACCGGCUGGGCUACGAAGUUACCUACAAACACAACGACCCUCAGCUUCUUACCCAAUAGUGCCGCCACGAUGUUUCAGCUGCCGCAAACCUGCUACCAAAUACUUCACAAAUAUGACGAAUUCUAAGGGCAACGGGGGUCGCCCAUACUUCAAAUGUGGCCCCUGCGAUCAGUUCCUCGUAUUUGCUGAUGCCCGUGGCAACAAACCUCAGCGCAAAACCUGCAGAUGCGGGUUUUCUACUAAACAGAUAAUAGGAGGAAAGAAUACAGAAAACUACGGACAGAUAAUCUACGUUUGUAGACAAGGUAUAUGUGGUUAUUAUGUGCCACGCGUGGAUGAUAAUACGCAAAGGGCUAUCAAAAUCGAUCCGGGACUUAAAAGUCAACUGGUAGAAUUAUAUAUAAUUUGACGAUUACAUAAAAGACCUACGAUGGGCGUUCAGGUUCAAGAAAGAGCCGAAAUGAAAGAGGAUAAAGGGAUGACGUUGGAUACGUACGGAGAAUGCUUUUACUCUUGCAGAUUGUCCAUAACUAGUUACUUCUUUUAUAAAGAACGAAACGGCACAUAUUGUUAUUCAGAUAUGGGGACUUUACGCCGGCGUCAUCUCCUUUAGCAGUUAUUGAGGCGUUAAUUUGUUAUCUUGAUCAUGGAAACGCUCAUUGGAGAUACGACGAUACUGUCGGUGGGUAAAAGGGGAGCAAGGAAGAGAGGCAAAUUGUCCCAGACUGUCUACCUAGGUAGGUAGCUUGAAAACCGAGUAUUGCUAUUGGAAUAGUACGCCUUCUUAAUUAUACUUAACAUGCUAUAUUAUUACCUAAGUAGAACAUGAAGUUAGGUAUCUAGCAAAAAUUCUAAUAAAACGAGGG